AUGGAAACAUCAGUAGACUCUCAGACUAUACAUCUCAAGGAGAAAGCGAACCCAAGCAUGUCUGACCAUGAGGCGACUACGAUUUCCGCCGCUAUUUCAGACCCGGCCAACUCAGAAAAACAAUCGGAGCACAGCGAUGAAAGCAGUUUUGACAGAAGCAUGCAAGUUGCAGCACAAGACAGCGGGUAUAACUCUUCUGGAUCUUCAGGCCACCAUUCUCCUGUCGGAACACAAAAUGGCGGACCGGAGGAAGGUGAACUUGUUCGGAUACGGUCGAGAACAUCAAGCUGUACUUCGAUUUCCUCAAUCCCUGCUUCGACAUUGACCAGCCCGGCAGGUGAGAAUCGACGAAUGAAUAUACGCGAGGGACAGGACUAUAUGGCACAGCCGUGGGACCAUCACGUACCGCAGCUCCGUCAUACGAUCCGUCAGCGUGAAGGUACAUUUCGAAAACCUAGCUCGGUUAGGGCGCUGCAAAUGCAUACGGAGGAUGAGGGCGAUGAUUAUUACCAUCUGACACCGCCUAAACGCCGGGGUAGCCAACGGACUUCCGAUAUCUCCAUUCGCUCCGCUGGUUCCUCGCCGUUCAAGAGAUCCCCGUUCUAUUCUCCAACGGGAGCGACCGCGAAGCCGAAAAUCAAGAAGGAAUAUCCCCUUGUUCUUCUUCACUGUACCCUGCUGCCACCGUCGCUACCUGUGUCUGGUUUGAUAGAACAUCCGAACCGUCAGAAUAUUUUGAAAGAGGGCUUGCCCUCGGUGUACUGGAGGAGGUGGAAACUACUCGAGGAGAAGACCGGGUCUGGCGUUAUUCGUGACCGUGGUAUUCUCAUUUCCCACCCGGAAGACGGAUAUGACCUUCUUGAAGAGCGGUUACUAGAGAGCUUGGAACUACAGCACCCCCGGUUAGACCAUGGCCACUUUAUCGGACACGAUGAAACGGAGUCAGAUGGUGAAGACCGCUUGGUACCGGAGGAUAGCGGCACUGAAGAUGAAGGAGAGGAAUGCCCAGAUUGCGGGGCCCGCGUCGUGAGGCAGAAUACGACCCGAAAAUGGGAGGUCAAGGUGUUCGCCGCUAAUGGAUUGAUGAGGGCUGGUGCUUGGGCUGCGGCCUGGAAGGAGAUGGAAAAAGUUGACGUUGAGGUUGGACUGUGGUUGCCGCCUGAUAUUCGAGCAGAUUUGGAGAAACGACUGAUCGAGUACCCGUCGCACAUGAACAUAGCCAACGGCCCACCUAUUGCCCUGCUGCAGGAACCGGAGAAUAUACCAGUGGAUCCUUCGGUUCGUGCUCUCACAACGAAGCCUCCGAAAGCCGAUAUGCUUUCUCAGGUUACUCAGGCCCGAGGUGGAGAUCUAGCACCAGCAUCCCCUGGGGUUACUGCCAGCAGGUCACAAGAUAAUCAAAAGUGGACCCAGAAUACGCCAAAGUUGUCAGAGGAUAUCGACCUACGGCUACUGCUGGUGAACUACAUCUAUAUUCUUGCCAGUGAUCGACGCAAUAUCACCAUUGUCUUCCUCAGCAUCCUAGUCAUCUUUUUUGCCCUCAACCCUCGAGCAGCCGUGUAUGAGUCAGAUUUGCGACCAUUUCCCACGUACAUCCCGGAAUAUACUACCUCACCCGUGGUUUCACUGCAGCAACCUGCGACCCAAACGUGGACGGUACAUACGAGUUCUCAGACUCCAUCUGUUGCAAUCUCAGACCCAGCGGGGAUACUCGCAUCUGCUGUCGAAUCUGUGCCAUUUGUAAGCUCGGACGACAUUCCGACUGCCGCGGCAGGACUAUCUGUGACCAAACGAGAGGAAGUACCACCAACUGAAACCGUCACCGUGUCUGCCAAAAGUGCAAAGAUUGUGUCUGAAGAGCAAGAGGAACCAAUACCCUCUAUUGAGCUUGGGCGAGAGUCGCCGUUAGGAGCAGAAAGUUGUGACUUGUUUGCAGAAGGCACUCGACUUGUCUCCAAGCUACGGGAGCAGUCGGUAUAUCCCCGCGGAAAUGAGCCUGAUGGGCCAGUUCAGAUAGAAACCGAUAGCUCCUCGAUGGGAAGCGCUGAAUCCGGUUCCGGGGAACAAGAGCAGUUCCCCCAUUCUAGCGAAAGUGCGUUAGAGAAACCACAACCAACGGAUACUGGUGACUCCCCUAUGAAAAAUACUGAGGCUGUUCCCGAGGAGCAAAGAUGCCUAGCGCAGCUCAGUGAGAGCGUGUUGGAAGAAUCCCUGCUGACUGCAGUUGAGAGUCCGUCCAUCGACGACAUUCACCAUACUCCAGAGGAAAGGCCUCUGCAAUUCAUGGAGACAGUCUCUAUGACAGAGUCCUUGAGCACUGCUGCUUCUAUAAAUCAUAGUGACGCUGACCAGACCCUACCCACUGAUGACCAACACAACGAGAACGAACAGAACGGACAGAAUGGACAGAAUGAACCGCAUGAACUGCAUGAACUGCAUGAGCCAGUUUUGCCCAACGAACAUGACGACGACGAGAUGCAUGAACAGUGA